AACCUCCUCCUCAGAGUGCGGCGGCGGGUACGGAAAAAUGACCCCAAGGAUGCUGAGAUCCGCAUGGACAUACUCGGCGUCAUAGGAACAACAUACAAAUUCCAAGGGCUGGCAGACUUUCAGUGCCUUGCUGUACAUUCAAAGGUGGAAGAGACACUUCUUGUAUGAAAAAUCAUCCUCCGCAAAUCAGAGAAUCAAGAGUUCUUUGAGCAGCCCGUGCCUUACUUUCUACCCCCGGCCAUCUUCUCACGCCUUGACAGUCCUGCGGAUUAUUUCUACCGGCCUGACAUCUAUCACAAUCAAGUUGUUCGUGAGUUGCCCUUCAACAAGAAGAGUUUUAUUGGUUUGAAUCGCGCUCGUCGGCCCCACAACGCCAUAUUUGUCAGCUUCACUGAUCCCACUGUUCCCGCCGAGUGCCUCGAGGCGGCCAGGCUCAACUGGACACGAGUCUGCCUGAAGGAGUGUGACAAGCAGGCUGAAGAACGUAUGAAAAAGAUGUUUGAGAGCCGGCCCAUCUGGUCACGUAACGCGGUCAAGGCCAACAUCGACAUCCACCCUGGCAAACUGAAACUGCUGCUGCCCGUCUUCGCCUAUUACAUGGUCACAGGACCGUGGAGGAGUCUGUGGGUGAGGCUGGGCUACGACCCCCGAAAGAGCACGGAUUCCAAGAAAUACCAGUUGCUAGACUUCAGGAUCCGCUGUAGCACCAAGCACGGGUAUUCAUUAUCUGACAUGCCAGUAAAAGCCAAGCGGAGUUCCCUUAACUACAGUCUGUCUAUCACAUUCAACAAAGCAGGUCCCCAGCCAGCUAGCGUGAUGGAGCUUCCAUCUCAGGAGGGCCCAAGCACCAGUCGAGAUCCAGUCCCAGUCACAUAUCAGCUGAAGGAGUCAUCUUACAUUUUCAGAGAGGGCAUGCUGCCUCCUCACAGACAGAUGUUUUACCAGCUCUGUGAUUUGGAAGUGGAGAGUAUCAAACAGGUGAUUGAGCAGACCGGCGAUAAUGAGCAGGUAUGUGACGAGCGGGACGGCUGGUGUCGUCUCGGCACUACAGACAAGCUGCGGGACAUGAUCUCAGCCAUGAUUAAGAAGGUCAUCCGAGCCCAGAAACCCACAUUGCCAGAAAGGCCCAAGAGACGCAGACGCCCAGGCCUAGGUUUAAGAUCCCCAGAGAACGAUGUGGAUGAAGAAGAAGAGGUGCAGGAUGAUGAGAACAAGGAUGAUGAAGAGGAAGAUGAGGACGAUGAUUUUCAGCCGUCAGAGGGAAGUGAAAAUGAGAUGGAGACAGAAAUUCUGGAUUACAUGUAACAAAAGACAACCAUUUUCAUGACAUUAAUCUUGACUGUUAAUAUUGUCCACCAUUUCUGUAAAUGAUGAUAUGAACAAUUUUUUGAGUUAAAUGUAAAUAAAAAAUAUUUCUAGUGGUUUA